AUGGUUAAUAAUUGCUCCGUACAUGGCGUGGUUAUUAGUAACUAUGAAGAGCUUAACAUUCUCCAAGAAUUAGAACUGGAAUUGAAUCUAGAUGUGUGGCAACGUGGUCUGCCGGGCGUACGUGAUGCGGUCGUCAUGGUUACCCCAGAGAAUCGGCGGGAGUUCUUUAGUGAAUUGGAAAGCCAUAGUAUUCAAUAUUAUGUUCAGUUAGAAGACGUAGUUCAAGCGCUCGAAAAUCAUGAAGCCGACGUGAUCAAUUACAAAAUAAGAAGACGCAAUGGCGCGAUGCCAUUUAAUGACUACCCUCGUUACGCUGAGGUUGACGCCUACAUGGAGAGAAUAGCACGGGAACAUUCAAAUAUUGUGACCAUAGUGACAGCUGGUAACAGUUUUGAAGGGAGGCCCAUUAAAUACUUGAGGAUAUCAACAACUAACUUCAGAGAUACAAGCAAGCCCAUAUACUUCAUGGAUGCGGCGUUACACGCGAGGGAGUGGGUCACUACACCAGUCACUCUGUACUCCAUACACCGGCUUGUGGAAGAUCUGAGCUCGGAGGAGAGGGAUCUAUUGGAGGAUGUUGAUUGGAUUAUCCUGCCAAUCGCUAACCCGGAUGGAUAUGAGUAUUCACAUACUAAUGAGCGCCUCUGGCGCCGCACGCGCUCGUACCGUCCCGAGCUCAACGCCACAUGCUACGGUGUGGACGCCAAUCGGAACUUCGACGUGAACUUCAACACCGUAGGCGUGUCCCCAGACCCCUGUGCAAACACAUACCCCGGCCCACACGCCUUCUCCGAGCCAGAGACGCAGAUCAUUCGAGACAUCCUUCUAGAACAUUCUGGAAGGAUCCAGAUAUAUAUGAACAUUCACAGCUAUGGGAAUUACGUUUUGUACGGGUAUGGUAACGCGUCGCUGCCUGAUAAUGCAUUGGAGUUGCACUAUGUUGGAGCUGCUAUGGGCGCGGCGAUUGAUGCGAAGAAGUUGCCUCAAGCCUUGUAUUAUUCUGUGGGGAAUAGUAAUAUGGUGUUGUACCAGUCGUCUGGCAGCGCGCAGGAUUAUGGGCAGCUAUUCGUACCCUUUUCCUACACUCUGGAGUUACCCGGCUAUGCCUAUUGGUUCCAAGUACCACCAGAUUACAUUGAUCAAAUCAACACGGAAACCUGGGCCGGGAUUGUAGAAACGGCGCGUUUGUCCAAACUGUUCUAUAGAGCUUCAUUGUAA